GAGAGGAAAACAUGUAUGACGAGUAGAGGUGCUCGUUUGACGAGGCAGCCGGGCGGGCUGGCGACCAAUCACCUUCUUCCAAAUAACAACAACAUGGCCACGCUCUGGAGGCUAACGGCUGCGGCAGUGUUGUUGACGCUGGUCAGCGCAGUUGACAGGAGUAAUUUUAAAACAUGCCAGCAAAGCAGUUUCUGCAAACGUCACCGUGCUAUAAAGCCUGGAGAAAGUCCAUACAUUCUUCUUACUAAUACAUUGAGUGUAACAGAUGAGGGAAUAUUUGGAGAUGUAUUGAACGAGAAAAACAGAGUAUUUUUCACCCUUGAAAUAUACCCUCUUAAAGAUAAUACUCUUCGUAUCAAGAUUAAUGAGAAGAAUCCAAUUAAACAGCGUUUUGAAGAUCCUUAUGCUUUGACUGGUGAUGGUCAAUCUGAAACAUUUGAAGUAAUUGACCGAUCCUCGGAUGGAUUUAUAGUGAAAUUUGGAACAAAUCGAGCUAUUGUGAAGGCUAAGCCAUUAAAGAUUGAUGUUUAUAAUGGAAAUGAGCUUGUUGUAAGCACUAAUGCUCGUGGUCUUCUUAAAUUUGAACAGUACCGCAACAAACCAGAGAGCGAUGUCCAACCUGCUGAAGGAGAAGAGCAUGGAAAUGCCUUACCACUUGGUGAGGAAGAGGACACUAAUGGUCUUUGGGAGGAGAGUUUUAAGGGCCACACAGACUCCAAGCCUCAUGGGCCUUCCUCUGUGGGCAUGGAUAUUUCCUUCAUCAACUCAAAGCAUGUAUAUGGGAUCCCGGAACAUGCCGAUUCUUUCUCCUUAAAAGAAACUACAUCAACGGAGCCAUACCGCCUCUAUAACCUGGAUGUUUUUGAAUAUGAAUUGGAUAAUCCAAUGGCUCUGUAUGGCUCGGUCCCUGUGAUGAUAUCGCAUACUCCUAGACAGAGUGCUGCAGUGUUUUGGCACAAUGUUGCAGAGACCUGGGUUGACAUUAAGAAAUUACCAGACAGCAAUGUUGUUUCUUCUAUUGCUGGUUUCUUCUCUGGUGGUGACUCUGACCCUCCUCAAGUCUCUACACAUUGGUUCUCAGAGUCUGGUAUUAUAGACCUGUUUAUCAUGCUGGGUCCUCGUCCCAUGGAUGUGUUCAGGCAGUAUGGAGCUCUUACUGGAUACACCAAUCUUCCCCCGAUGUUCAGCCUUGGAUAUCAUCAAUGUCGCUGGAACUAUAAUGACGAAGAAGAUGUUCAACAAGUUAAUGAAAACUUUGACAACCAUGACUUGCCAAUGGAUGUGCUUUGGCUUGAUAUUGAACACACUGAUGGGAAAAGGUACUUCACCUGGGAUCAAAACAAGUUUCCACACCCUCUGGAGAUGACAGCCAACCUGACUGCUCGGGGCCGUAAGCUGGUCACUAUUGUUGAUGUUCACAUCAAGCGUGAUAGUAAUUAUUUCUUUUACAAGGAAAACCAUGACCGUGACCUCUUUGUCCAUACAAAAGAGGGAAACGAAUAUGAUGGUUGGUGCUGGCCUGGCUCGUCGUCAUACCUUGACUUAACUAACCCGGAGACCCGUAACCACUACAGUGACACGUACAUGUUGGACCGUUACAAGGGCUCAACCUUAGAUACCUUCAUCUGGAAUGACAUGAAUGAGCCAUCAGUGUUUAAUGGUCCCGAAGUCACAAUGCAGAAGGAUAACAUUCAUCCUGGUCUAGGUGUUGAGCAUCGGGAGAUUCAUAAUGUCUAUGGCAUGCUCUUUCAUCAAGGUACUUUUGAAGGACUAUUGCGUCGAUCAGAUGGUCGGUUAAGGCCUUUCAUCUUGACCCGUGCUCACUAUGCUGGCACCCAACGUACUUCAUCUGUGUGGACUGGGGACAACACUGCAGACUGGGGUCACCUGCGUAUAUCGGAGCCCAUGCUGCUCUCUCUCUCUGUAACUGGUAUCACGCAAGUGGGUGCUGAUGUUGGCGGAUUUUUUGGAAAUCCAGAUUCUCAUCUUUUAUCUCGAUGGUACCAAGCUGCAGCAUUCCAACCCUUCUUCAGAGCUCAUGCUCAUCAAGACACCAAGCGCCGUGAGCCCUGGUUGUUUGAUGCUGAAACUCUUCGCAUUAUUAGAAAUGUUCUUCGUCAGCGUUAUCAGUAUCUUCCCCUAUGGUAUACCCUCUUCUAUGAAAAUGAGCUUACAGGUGCUCCACCAAUGAGGCCUAUUUGGGUAGAUUUCCCAGAAGAUGAAGCUUCAUUUGCAAUUGAUUAUGAACACAUGAUUGGCUCAGCACUUCUUGUUAGACCUGUUGUGGAUGAAGGAGCAACCACAGCAUUUGUGUAUUUCCCACCAGGAAUUUGGUAUGAUGUACUAGAUUUAACUGCUUUCAGCGGCCCCAGCAGCACCACCGUGUCUGCACCCAGAGACAAGAUUCCAGUUUAUCAGAGAGGUGGAAGUAUAAUACCCCGCAAAGAUCGAGUCCGACGUGCAUCUUCACUAAUGCGUGAUGACCCCUAUACUUUAUCAGUAGCUUUGGACUCAAAUGGAAAAGCUCAGGGAACUCUUUACAUGGAUGAUGAGCAUACAUAUGACUAUAGACAGGGAAAGUUCCUGUAUUUGGCUCUGUCAUAUGAAAAUGGAGUAUUGACCUCAAAGAAGAUAGAUCCUUUUGGAACUUACGAGACUGGAUCUUGGCUGGAGCGAGUUGUUGUAAUUGGACUUAAGAAACGCCCAUCCAAAGUUACUAUACAGAGUGCCUCUCUAGGUACGCGUGAUUUGGAGAGCUUCUUUGAAAGUGGUACAGGCACCCAUGCUAGUCAUUUCACCAUACGUAAGCCAGGAGUUAGCAUGAAUGAGGCAUUCACUAUCACCAUCCAUUGAGAGAGAUUUUAUUAGACAAUAUAGUGCUACUUGUGUUGUUGAUUGUGGAGGGGUUAAGACACUCAUCUUGAAAUUUGCUUUGUAAAGUAGUUAAGGAUCUAAUGCAAGGGUGCAAAGAGUAAAUAAUUGUAUUUAUUAUCAAAUGGAUAAUAAAUAAUAUUUAUUAUUUAUUAUCAUAAUUGUAUUUGCAGUGAGGUGUUUAGUGAUGUGGUGGUACAUGUGAAAUGUAUCGUUGAACAGUUCCCUCCCCUUCACUGUGUGCAUGUUGGAUGUGUGGGAGACCAUUUUUACUCGUUAAAAAAUACAUUUUUUGUAACAAUUGUGAGGUGUAUAAAUGUAGCUUCUAUAAUAUAGCUGAAUAAAUCUGCACAUGAAGGUUAAUGGUAUAUGUUAUAUAUUCAUAUAUGGGUUGUAUCUGCAUAAUUAUUAAUUAUACUGUAUAAGCUUUGAAAGGGAAGAAAGUUUGCGUACACAAACAAGACGUAUUAAUUAGAUUAAUGUAUAUAUGCAUUUGUUUCACAAAAUUGCAAUAUAUAACAAAACCUGGAAGAUGAAGAAUAGAUAUUCUAAUUUUAUUUAAAAUUUUAGUAACUGCAAAACUGAAACACCUGUAUGGCAACUGUUAUUAUAUAUUAAUAUUUAAAUAGUCACAUUUAUUUUGAAGAAUGUGGUCCUAAUUUGUUUGAAGAUAUUCCUCCAAUAAUUUCUCAUUUUCCCAUGAUUAUGUUUAAUCAUGUACAUCAUUUAGUCUUGUGAGAACUCACCCGGGGUGAGAAUUGCCUGUAAUAAGGGACUGAAACUCAAUUGGGUCUGUGCUCUGUUGUGAAAUUUUCUGAAUAGGUUACACAUUUAUCUUACCUGUUGUAGGUUCAUGUGCACUGAACACUAAGAUAAUGUUUUUAAACUACAUUUUUAUUAAUUUUCUUUAGCUAUGUGAUGUGGGCCUUCAUAAAAAUGUAAUUUGAAGUGCUGUCUUUUGUGUUUAAACCUUUCUCAAAAAUGGAGAUUAUACAUGGUGGCUGCUUUAUUUUCAAGGUGUUAAUAUUGAAUUCUUUUAUUGAUUUAGAGUGAGCAGUUUCACUUGAAAAGACGAGAAAAUUUAUCAUGCUCAACAUAGCUUUUAUGGGCCUCCAGGUUUCCUACAGUCAGUUGUUUAGGUUAUGAAUGGCUUUUUGGUUACAUCAUUUGGGAUUUUUUUUUAUUCUUCUGUGGAGUUAGAAUUUCAACUAUGCUUGGUGGAUACAUAAUCAGUUUGUUUCUAUUCCUUUAAUUAUAUUUCUUCAAGAUGAAAUUUUACUAAUUUAUUCUAGUAAAGUAGAUUUGGAGACAAUUUAAUGAAAGACUAUCUAGCAGAAAUCAUAUAAUUGAUAUAUUAAUUAAAAAUGCACUUCAUUAGUAUUCUACUUGGAAGUACUAUUUUGGUAAUGUGAUCUAGUGAAUACCCAAAUGGGUCAAGUCUUGGUGUGGCAUAAUACUGUAUAUUUAGAUAUCCAUUUGCAUAAAAUAUAGUUUCUCAUUGGUUAUUAAACAAUAGACUUAAACAAUAGGUUUCAUAUAAUGUCCUAUGCAAAUUUUUGUCAUUUUACAAAUGUUUACAUUUUUGGUGCUGUAACAAAAGCUACAAUUGUUUUUUCCUAAUUGUUUUUGGAUAAGUUUGUAUAUUAAAUUAUUUUUCAGUAUAAAUUGUCAAAUGGUAAAUCGAGAUCUCGAGUUAUUGGUGCUUAAUGGCAUAAAGCACCAAUAAAGUUAUAAACAGUCUUCAAUUAAAAUUGAAGCAUUGAAACGUAAAAGUGAUCGAUCCGUGCUAUAUUUUAAGCACCUUGUUCCAUCUGGAAGCUGUCUAUUCUUUAAGGCGAUAGUUACAUAUAAUCCUCUCUUGGUAUUUUGAAGACCUUCAUUUGUUAAAAAGACUUCUGAGAAACACCUGAAAUAUAGUGAAAGAAUUUAACAUGAUUUUUAUUAUUUUCAAAGAGAAGUAGUUGCUACUUGCUUACACUGGAAAUUGAGAAUGUGUGUAAAGAAUGAGCACUUUAAACACAAGUGAAAGAUGCUUAAGGCGAUAUGCAAAAAAAGAUGGAAAGGCACAAGUAGAGGUAAACAAAAUAAAGAGCAGACCACUAGUAGAGUGCAGUGUAGGUAAACCCAGAGGUCAUAGUGGGCAAUUCAUAUAAUUGCUAGCUCCUUUACUCCUUUACAAUUUUCAUACUAGUGCUUUCAUGACUAAAGAAAUUUAAUAAAUAUGUUUGGAGGAUGUUCUCUUUGUGACCUAAUGUUGACAUUCCUGGAUCUUCAGUAAAGCCCCCACCCCGUACUCUUCUGUGGUAUCUGCUUCCUGACUAUGUCCACAUGCAUAGUUGUAAAACUUAAUCUGUUGCUACCUAUUCUUUUCUGAUACCUCAUUUUCCCUCAUAGAAGUGGCACUGCCCAGUGCAGUCCUUGCGGCAUGUAUAGAGCCCCUUGCCUGUACACUGUUGUCUUUGGAAAAAGUUUUGGGUAACAUCAUAAUCAUGCACACCACUACGUCAAAUCCAGAAGUGAAGGCUUCUUUCCACCUUUAGACAUUUUGACCAUCAGUCCAUACUUUUCUUUUGCCUCCCUAUGCUCAUCCAACACGUUUCCAUUUCCACUGACUCUUUCUCCUCUUAUUUGAAUUAUAAAGUAGUAUUUGUAUAAAGUUCUGGUUGUAAACAAUGAUUUUCACUGGGAACAUAAGUUUUAACAUGAAGUAUAAUGGAGUACUAGAUUAACACUUUGGGAGGAAUAAAUAUCCAAGAGGUGAAGUGCAAGGCCAGAUAUCUGUAAUUCUGUAUUGUACUUAUUGACACUGAUAGGUAUGCCACUUAACUGAGUUGUCUGUCAUGAACUUUGAAAAUGAUGAUGCACCCCCUGCAGCUUGGAAUAUUUUGUAAAAAUUGUCAUCCAGUAAAGUAUUGGGACUUGCAUAAUGAGAAAGGCAUACUUAUUGCAAUUGCAUGUAAUAACAUAUCCUUGAACUUAAUUUAUGUUGCAGUUUCACACUUAAUUCAGCAGGGACUGUAAAGAGACAUGUUGAGAAGUGAGGGCCCCCAGGUAUUUACGCCAGCAUUACUGGGGACAAUGCUUGUUACUUGGCUGCAACAGCCUGUGUUGAGCCAAAAUUCUGGCUUUCAUUGUUAAUAUUAUUAGGAAUUAAAGUAGCAGCUCUGUAGAAUUAUUUUCCACCUCUUUUUGCAUAAGUUCUCUCUCCUAUACAAGUUUUUCAUGAAUGUUUAUUACAUUCCCUACCAACAUACUUCAGUAAUGUGUAAGAGAGUAUUGAGGUAGGAAUUAAACUAGAUUCUUUGAUAAAAUAGCGUUCAUCUAGUAACGUUUUUUACAUGCUCUGUUGGACAACUUUUGUUCUUUAAUCAUAAAACCAUCUUAAUUUAGUUUAGAAAAAUUAUACACUAUUCAUUUUUGUUCAAAGGGUACGGGAUUUGUUUACGUCUCAUAGGUGUACUGUAUGUGUUAGGGUAAGUUAUAUUUAUCUAUGUAACAAUUGUAACGUUUAGAGUGCUUACUGAAGUGUAGUUGGUUUAUGUUGCUUAUUAUCUUACAUUUAUAUAGAUAUAUAUAUAUACAAAUGAAUUUGUACUUAAAAUGUGAUUAUUCAAAGUUUUUCAAAGAAUUUAAAAGAAUGUUGGUUUGUAGGGUAUUUAAAUAUGUUUAACUAGAUAGGAAAAUAUUUAUUACCCAGAUUUUGAAAGAAAAUAUAAAUUAAAAUUUUAUAGGAAGUUAAUUUUUUUUGAAAAGUAGUUUUUUUUUGUUUCUUGGAGUUCCACAGUUAAUAUUUCAUUUAGUCAUCAACUUAGGGUUUUCAGGAGAGUGGUUUCUAAUGUAAAGUUUCAAAGUACUGUACAAUAAUACAAAAGGAACUCAAUGUAGGCAAGGCAAUAGCUGAAGUAGCUUAAUUUUUGUUACCCAUCAAUAUCCAAUGAGCUGUGAAAGGUAUAUAGCACAGCUUAACAAAUACAAAAAUAGAUAAAUACCAAUUGUCUACAAAUCACUAAAACUGGGUAGAAAUGCAAAGACUAAAUAGAAAUUAUAUACAAUGACAUUUGUUAUUACUUGGUUAGUAUUUCUAUAAAGUAUAGAUUACUUACGAGUAAAAUAUUGUCAGAAUAUAUUGAUUGUCCGUGCAGUUAUUUUCAUAACCUCUAUGAAAAGUGAAAAUUUGUAACCAUAAAGGUAUUUAUAAACCAUAGUCUAAAUUCUCUGUAUACUAGCUCAUUUUUCUCAUAUCGAAGAAAUGUAUUUCAAAAUUGUUGGGUAUGCAAAUUGUUUCAUCUUAAAAUACAGGCUAGGUAGAAUUGAAGUGAUUUGUUCUAAAAUGCAGUCAUGUAUGUAAUAUAUUUUCAUGUAUGUAUGUAUAGUUCUCACCCAUGUCUUUUGUUAUCAGGAGAAAAAUAAAUGACAUAAGCUGCUAUUAAUUAACAAUUAUAUUUUUUACUUGAUAUUGUGAAUAUCAAAUGGUUAAGAAUUUAUAAUACUGUAUAGGAUUUCAGGUUAUUCUAUACUAAAUAGUUAAUCUAAAUAAUAUUUAAUAAAGAAGAAGUACUAGGUACAGUAUAUAUCAAUACAGAUGACAACCAAGACUUGAAUAAUUUUUUUAUUUGGAUAAACUUCAGAUAUAAUAUUUGAAGCUAUGUUUAAGAAAUAUCUUGCAGUUAAUAAAUUUUUGUUGUGUGAGUGUCUGCCACUUUUCACACAUUCCAGAUGUAUAUGAGUGCACAAUAUGUAGAAAAAUAAAGAAUUUUAUACA